CGGCAGUCGAGCCGCCACAGCGCCUGGUCUGGGCCGUCUCCUCCCGCGGGCGCGCCUGAGCCUCCGCGCCCCGCUGGCCGGGGCCCAAGACGAUGAUUCCGCCGGGGGAGUGCUUGUAUGCGGGGAGGAAGAGGAGGAAGCCCGUUCAGAAACAGAGGCCUGCCGUGGGGGCUGAGAAGUCAAACCCUUCCAAGCGGCACCGGGACCGCCUCAAUGCUGAGCUGGACCACCUGGCCAGCCUGCUGCCACUCCCACCUGACAUCAUCUCUAAGCUGGACAAGCUCUCGGUCCUGCGUCUAAGUGUCAGUUACCUCAGGGUGAAGAGCUUCUUCCAAGCCCUGCAGGAGCGGCGCCCACAGCAGCCGGCUGCCAGUGCCCCCCCACCAGGAGACAGAGGUCCGUGCGGAGGGUCCGCCGUGCCGGAGGGAAGGCUGCUGCUGGAGUCCCUCCGCGGCUUCGCUCUGGUCGUGAGCGCCGAAGGCGUGAUAUUCUACGCGUCAGCGACGAUCGCGGACUACCUGGGCUUCCACCAGACAGACGUGAUGCACCAGAACAUCUACGACUACAUCCACGUGGACGACCGCCAGGACUUCCGCCGGCAGCUCCACUGGGCCAUGGACCCCCCACCGGCAGCGUGUGGGCAGCCCCUGCUCGCAGAGACAGGAGAGGACGCCAUCCUGGGGAGGCUGCUGCGGGCCCAGGAGGAGGGCGCCAGCUCGCCCACGGAGUACUCGGCCUUCUUGACGCGCUGCUUCGUCUGCCGUGUGCGCUGCCUGCUGGACAGCACCUCGGGCUUCCUGACGAUGCAGUUUCAAGGAAAACUAAAAUUCCUGUUUGGGCAGAAGAGGAAGGCACCGUCGGGCGCAGCCCUGCCGCCUCGCCUCUCCCUGUUCUGUGUGGCAGAGCCGGUGCUCCUGCCUUCCGUGGCAGAGAUGAAGGUGAAGAGCGUGCUUCUGAGGGUGAAGCACAGAGGGGACAUCUCGGCCACGACGGACACCAAAGCAAAAGCUACUGGGAGUCUGUGUGAAUCAGAAUUGUAUGGAAAACCCAAUCAUUUAACAGGAAGGGGCGAUGGGGAAAACAGCAUUUCCGUGUUCAGGGCACCAGUGGACGCCUGCUGCUGGGCCCGGGUUCCAGCCCGGGUCCCCUGCCUGUGCCUCAGGGGCCGCCCAGAUCUCGUCUUUGACCCCGAGGGGGCUGCAGGGGACGGGGGAGGAGAGGCGCUCGGGGGGCUGCUGAGCGGCUCCUUGGGACUGAGGGAGCAGAGAGACACGUACAUGUCCAGCUGCCGCCUCGAGACACUAGGACCCACGAAGCACCUGAACUGGAAAUCCAGUCAGGACAGCGGCGCUAAGCUGAAGCUGGAGCCCAGCCAGAGCGACCCGUUCUCUGCACAUACCCCGCCCCAUGGCGCCUGCCUGCCUCACCCAGGUGUGCAGGGCACCAUCCAGGCCAGCAGCGCUGUGGCCUUCAGGAACUGCCCCGGCUCUCACCCCCCAAAACAUCCCCCAGGUGCCUGCGCCGGCCGGACCAGCAGAGCCUUGCAGGAUGGCCAUCAGGGCCAAAUGCACCCUCCUGCCAGCUGCCCCUUCCCCCAGGGGAGCCUGGACAAUGGGCACCCUCAGCCGGGAGCACAGUGUUUCCCACCAGGUGGCUAUCCCACCGAGGACAAGUUGCGAGGUGUCCUGAUGCCUAUGGGAGCCCUGUGUAACCCCAUGUCACUCGAUGUGCCCAUCAAGAUGGAGAGUGACUCUGGGCCCGAGGACGCAUCAGAUGGCUACUCUGUGUCCCCAGGCCAGGUGUGGCUGGGGGCCGGCGAUGUGGCCAAGAGACAGCUGGCCACUUUCCCGAGCAGGAUGCACCUGAAAACAGAGCCGGACUCCAGGCACCACCUCUGCAGUCCGCACCUGGGGCCCGGCAUGCUGGGGGCCCACCCUAGGCCCAGCAGGGAGCUGGCCCCGUUCCACCCCUCACGCUGCGCCUGCCUGGGGCCUCCAGCCCGCCUCUGUGUGCGGGGCCACCAGCCCCCUGCUCCGGGCUACGAUGGCAGAGCUCCUGGGGCCACGCCUGUCGUCAAGCGCGAGCCCUUGGACUCGCCCCCGUGGGCUGCUCCCAGCCAGGGUGGAGCGCCCAGGAUGUUCCCCGGCAGUGCCUUGGCGACGCGGAAGCCACCCAGAGACUCCAUGUGCGCGUUCCUGCCGUAGAGCGGGCGUUUCUGAAUGCUGACAUCUGUCCAAUACAGAUUUACCCCCUGGCGGGGACAGCAGGUGCAGGGCAAGAGCCUGUCCUGAGGGAGGCGCUGCAAAGCUGCACUGCAGCAGCUGAUUCUGUAUCUUGUGAAAAGUCAGCGAAGUUCUGAGAUGUGAAGUGGCCUUACGUCUGUGCGAGUCUGGCAGCACUGCACUCUGAGGGUUACAGGUCUUCAUAAAGCAUCCGAAGUGAGCCGUGCGGCCUGGCCGGCAGAGCUCCCCGUCCCAAGGGCGGCAGCGGGUGCCGGCCUAGCGGGAACCGUGCCCCCGGUGCAGCUCCCCGCCACCCACAUCCACGUCCCAGCUUCCCCGCCUGCGCUGUGAAGGCAGGUUGAUGCCCCCAUGGUGCGGACCUCAGAGAGCACACACCCUGGGUGUCCCGUGGCCGAGACAGCAAAUUAGAAAAAAAGCUCCCUGAGCUGUAGGUGACUGCGUGCCUGCUCCUGGGAGGAACCUAGGAGUUCCAGGCAGAAGAGCCUGUCAGCGCCAGCCCUGCGCUUCAUCACAAUGUGCAGCGUGUGUCCAGGACGCUGGGGUGAAGGCUGAGGCCGUGCCCAGGGUGAAAAUUGGCCGGAUAACAUCCUGUUUCUGCGGAAGUCUCUCUGGUGUUCUCAGUGGACCCCUGAAAUGGUUCACGCUGAGCUGUCGCUCACUACAUCACAUAACCUCGUUUACAAAGUCUGGAUUUGGCGGAACAGAGAAGCACACAAUGUAGAGAGAAGCGGCAGCAAGUCCAGCUGCCUUGCUGCCUUGCUGACUUGCUGACUGUCUACAGUUUUCAACUGAGAUUUCCAGUCAUCAUCCCAGGAAGAAUUAUUAGAGAAAAGGCAGACAGGUAAUGUUUUAUUAAAAAAAAAUGUAAAGCCUGACAGAUUCUGAGUGUAGGAAAUUUGGAUUCAAAAGCACAAAUCAGAAAGUAAAGGCCACCCACAGUCACCACCGAGAGAUGGCUUGUGACUGAGGGCGAAGUUCACACACCUUCUGGGGUGACCCCGCCCCAUGGGCGCAGUGAGUCCAGGACAUGACAGCAGGGGACAAAACCACCGCCGAGCAGAAGGAGGCUGGUUCGGGGUCCCUCGUGGCUGGGCCCACCUGUGCUGGGGUGGGAGACCCCUCCCCCAACAGAAGGGGCAUCUGUCCUCAGUCACCUCCACUGGGGUCUCGGGAGGCGGGAGCCCCAGGGAGGGGGACUUGCGGCUCCACGUGCUUGGCAGGGACUUGGUGUCAUCUGUGGCGUUGGGGUGUCAGUGUUCUGCUCCUGGGUCAGUGCUGAUGCUGUUUGGUGUGUGCGCGUCUGCCUCGUCAGACUCAGGACCGGGCUGGCGGGACUCGGUCUUCUAGACGCGUAGUUACAGCCCCCGUGCCCCACAGCUGCCUGCUCCGUGGGGGGCAGGCGGGGGCUGCAGGUUUCUCCCCCGGACUGACAGAGGAGCCCCGGGUGGAAGUGGUCCAUUUGUCACCUCCUGGGACUCCCAGAGCGUGCUCUUCAUGUCUUCCCAGCCCACGGGGGCCAGAGUGACACUGGUGCUGUGCUGUCCCCACCCCAGCCGCCAGUCUCCCCUCACCUGUGGUGACAGCAGCACAGCCUCCUGUCAGGGCCACCUGCUUCCCCCCCUCGCCCCGUGCUCCGCAGCCCUCUCAGUUCCCACACCGAGCACAGCACACUUUCUAGAUUCAAUCCCUAAGAUGAGGGGUGGUGGGUGGAAACCACCUUCCUUCCUUCCUUCCUCCCUCCUUCCUUCUUCCUUCCUUCCUUCCUCCCUCCUUCCUUCUUCCUUCCUGCCCCCCUGCCGCCCUCCCUAUUCAGACCAAGUGUCCAGCUCCUCCUGGGAAGACCCACACCGUCAGUACCCGUCAGCCUCUUUGGAGCUCCAGGGUAAAGACUCCCGCCUGUGUUUUCGCCCUCACCCUCAGCACCAGGCCCAGGCCAGCGCAGGGGCAGGUCGUGGGAUGCACCGAGCGUGAGGCCUGCCCUGCCUCAUCUCAGGGAGCAGCAGACAGGAGGCACCACGUGUGUGGAACACGUAACCAGGAGAACCCUGGACCGGAAAGACCGAAUAGAGAGACACCGUUGCGUGUUUGCACACUGUAGCCAGAUCCCAGCGUAACCAAGGAGAGCUGCAGGUGUGAGCCUCAUGUGAGGAGAAGCCUUUCUAGGGGGCACACAGCCGUCCCCGCCCGCGGGGGCCACAGCGCCGCGCUGUGCUGCCUCCUCCCUCAGGUUCACAUGCAGCCGUCUGUGCCCACUCUCCUGGGACCACCUGCACCAAACGAGUCACAGCUGGUGGGCGGCCGGGUCAUGCGUUGCUGAUGUAGCAUCUGGCCACCAGCUCUGCAGGGUCUACAUUCUGGAGAGGCCAUCAUGCUUGGGGCCCAGGUCCUGGCACGCCCUGGUCCCUUCUUCUGCUGGGUCGGUUGCAACAAAACUCACCCCAGUCAGCACUUUUGUUCUCUUACAGCCAUACCCCUCCUGAAAAAUUGUGUGGGGGAGGAAUGCAGAGGGUCAGAUGUGGUCAUCUCUGUAGAUGUGGCCAUUUCACUUUAAAAUGUCAUUAUUAGUACUAAGUACAGGCUUAUGUUUUUCUGUUGUCUAUAGCUUUUGCCUAUAUAGCUGAAAAAAUAUUAAAUAUUAUGUAGGAAUGGGAUGGAAAGGAGAUAAGUGCAAAUUAUAUUUUAUAUUUUUGCAGUUUCUACUGGAAGAAAAAAGUUUUCAAUACCCAGACUGACUUGUUGAAUUUUUUAAAACGGAUACACUAUAAUGUAACUUUUUGUACUAUAUUCUCAGUGCCUUUAGAAAGAGCUUUCAAAUUUCUGAUGCUAAGGUUUGUAUUAAGUUUGCAAUAUUGAUGUAAAAUAAA